AUGAGCACCACCACAGGCCCAGAAGCUGCCCCCAAACCAAGUGCCAAGUCAAUCUAUGAGCAGAGGAAGCGUUACUCCACUGUGGUUAUGGCAGAUGUUUCCCAGUAUCCAGUCAACCACCUGGUGACGUUUUGCCUGGGUGAAGAGGAUGGUGUGCACACCGUGGAGGACGCCUCGCGGAAGCUGGCCGUCAUGGACAGCCAGGGCCGCAUCUGGGCCCAAGAGAUGCUGCUGCGUGUGUCUCCCGACCAUGUCACGCUGCUUGACCCCAUCUCCAAGGAGGAGCUGGAGUCGUACCCGCUGGGCGCCAUCGUGCGCUGCGACGUGGUGCUGCUCCCAGGCCGGAGCCGCUCGCUGCUGCUGCUCGUAUGCCAGGAGCCCGAGCGCACGCAGCCCGACGUGCACUUCUUCCAGGGCUUGCGUCUCGGGGCGGAGCUGAUCCGAGAGGACAUCCAGGGGGCUCUGCACGACUACCGGUCGGGCCGCGGGGAGCGCAGGCCCGCGGCGCUCAGGGCCACGCAAGAGGAGCUGCAGCGCCGCCCCUCGCCGGGGGCCGAGACCCCUCCUCUGCAGCGCCGCCCGUCGGUCCGUGCCGUCAUCAGCACGGCGGGCGUCAGCCGGGGACGAUCCCAGGCGGAGCCCAUCCCCGAAGCGGCGGAAGAGUCGCGGAGGCCCGGCCAGGCUCAGGCCGCAGGCGGUGCUGACCCGGCCUCCCUGGAUCUGGGCCCCCGUGGUCCGGACCUGGCCGGUCUGCAGGCCGAGCGGGACGUGGACAUCCUGAACCACGUGUUCGAUGACGUGGAGAGUUUCGUGUCGAGGCUGCAGAAGUCUGCAGAGGCAGCCCGCGUGUUGCAGCAUCGGGAGCGCGGCCGCAGGACCCGGCGCCGAACGGCUGGGGAGGGUCUCCUGACACUGCGCGCCAAGCCGCCCUCAGAGGCCGAGUAUACAGAUGUGCUUCAGAAAAUCAAGUACGCCUUCAGCCUGCUGGCCCGGCUGCGCAGCAACAUCGCCAACCCCUCGUCGCCAGAGCUACUGCACUUCCUCUUCGGACCUCUGCAACUGGUCGUGGACACGUCGGGCGGUCCCCGAUUCGCAAGUGAAGUGCGGCGGCCGCACCUGACGUCUGAGGCCGUAGCACUGUUGCGGGACCACCUCACCCCACGUGAGAAUGCGCUCUGGACCUCGCUGGGGGACUCGUGGACCCGCCCGGGGCUGGAGCUGCCCCCAGAGGAGGGAUCCCCAUAUAGCCCUGAGUUCUCCAGCGGCUGGGAGGCCCCCGCCACCGACCCGCGCGGCCGCGCCUGGGAGGACCCAGUAGAAAGACAGUUGCAGCACGAGCGGCGGCGCCAGCAGCAAAGUGCUCCCCAGGUCGCUGUCAAUGGUCACCAAGACCCAGAGGCUGAGCCCCAGCUGGAGCCGGAGGGGAAGUGGGUCCUGUGUAAUUAUGACUUCCAGGCCCGCAACAGCAGUGAGCUAUCGGUCAAGCAGCGGGAUGUGUUGGAGGUCCUGGAUGACAGGCGCAAGUGGUGGAAGGUUCGGGGCCAGCAAGGGCAGGAAGGAUAUGUGCCCUAUAAUAUCCUAACACCCCACCCGAGGCCCCAGGGAAGCUGCAGCCAGAGCCCUUCCCGCAGCCUGGACAGUACUCCCCCUCACCCACCAGCGCCAGCCCCGGCUCCUACCUUGUCUCGGCCCCACUGGGACAGUGGUGAUAACCUCAACUUGGACCCCAGAGAUAAGGAGAAAUUCUCCCAGAUGCUCUGUGUCAACGAGGAGCUGCAGGCGCGCUUAGCCCAGGGCCGCUCAGGCCCCAGCCGCCCAGCCCCGGGUCCCCGCGCGCCGGAGCCACAGCUCAGCCCGCACUCGGACACCGCCGAGGUCUGCGCCUGGCUGCAGGCCAAGGGAUUUAGCGCUGGGACCGUGGAUGCGUUGGGCGUGCUGACCGGCGCGCAGCUUUUCUCGCUGCAGAAGGAGGAGCUGCGAGCCGUGAGCCCGGAGGAGGGGGCACGCGUGUACAGCCAGGUCACGGUGCAGCGCGCGCUGCUGGAGGACAAAGAGAAAGUGUCAGAGUUGGAGGCGGUGAUGGAGAAGCAGAAGAAGAAGGUGGACGGCAACCUGGAAACAGAGGUUAUCUGA